UCUUGUCAGUCACUUUCCCCCUCGAGCUCUCAGUCUCUCUCCCGUUCCUGUCUUCUCCUCGUCGGCCUGUUCAUCUGUUGCUUGUUUCUCUCUCUGCUCUCUUUUCUACCUAGAUAUGUUCUAGGUUUAGAAGUUAUUGAUGUGGUUUUUCUUUUUGUUUGUUGACGAUGUUGUGUUUGCAGGAUCCGUAACCGGGGGAUUUCUUGGGGAAUCUACUCCUUUUCCAGCUAUGGUUUGCUCCGUAUGCCGUUGUCUGGGUGCUCCUUGCAUCCCUGUGCAAGCUAAAGCAGUUCCUCAAGUUUUUGAUGUUAUGCUUGAUGAGGAUUGCUUCAGGAGGAUGUAUAUCCCGUGCCAUGUGAGAGCUUCCCUAGCUGCCUACAUUCAAGAGCACAGGAAUGCUGGUGGAAUACAAGAAGUUUCCUCCUCGCAGGAUUUUUUGAUGCUUGAGAAGCUAACUGAAUCAGCCUUCUUGAAAAUGAGAAGAAUGCCAUCUAAUCAUCCAAAUCUUCAAGGGAACAUAACUUCUUUCGCUAGAACUGAAUCAAUAGAGUUCCAACUCUGCUCUAUUUGUUGCAAUUCCGAGACCCCAUUAUGUUCACACAACUGAACAGAAGUUCUUGUAUAUUGUUCCAGGUAUUCUUCCUCUGCACCAGUUUCAUUCUGAGGUGUGCUCCAUCCUAGUUAAUUUCUACAUUUUCUGGUGGACUAUCACAACUAAAUGUUUCAGCUAUAGCAACUUUGAAGCACUGUCAGAGAAGCUUCAUCACCUAAAUGCAAACACAAAAUCUCUGAAGAGAAGGCGGUUAUGGAAGGAACAGUUGGUGGGAAUGUGAUGAACAUUUUACCUUUGACUCACCAGGAACAGCAUCUUCUGCUGAACAGUGAGCAAUCGAAGGAGGAGGAGGUUGGAAGGAAGAAAUGUCAGCACAACAUCUGAGGAGACAUCAGAACAGAGCAGUGGAUCUAAGGUCUUUUCUUUCACCCAUGGCGGCGGCAGAGUACUUGGUCGGGCAAGGGAGAGAGGUAGAAGACCUAGUUCUAUGUUGGCGAGCUGGAUCUGGUUCGUCUUCUAGUGUAGUGGUUUUGGUGCUUAGCGGGUUGAGGCCCGUUUUGUUUUUGGGCUGAACAGAACGCAGAAGAGUAGCAACAGAAUUUUGGGUUUUUGGGCUGGUCGACUGACCACUUUGUGCAAUCAGUCGAUUGGGUCAGUCAGUUUUCUGCUUUGUUGUGUUUUCUGCUAUUCUGCCAAUCGACUGACCACUUUAUACAAUCAGUUGAUUGAUCUGUAGCCGCUCCCAAUUACUACAUACUGAUGUUGCAUCAUUUACUAAUUAUCAUCACUAGACCCCAUACUGAAAUUGGGGGGUGCUAGUAGGUGGUUAGCCGAGGAUUACGUCCGUAAAUUUGAUCUUGUAGGUUUUGCCCGUUGGUUUGGUACUCUUCUGUAUUACGCAGCCUUACAAGAUCUAACUUAUGGAUGUGAUCUUGCUGACC